AUGACGUCUCAGCUGCCGCUGCCAGCAGCCACCACUACACGCGCACUGGUAUACGCCUUUGCGACUAACCAACCCGAUGGGCCAAGGUAUCAGGACCAGACCCGGGGCCAGCGCGAUCUGCUCACUCAAAUCGUGAUCAGCGUCGGCUUUGGGCUCAGUGCUUUCAUCACAUUUUGCUUUUUACGGCCAAAAUGGAGUGCGCUUUAUGCAGCGAGACGGAAGAUGAGGACCGCUGCGUCCAGGCUACCCGACCUCCCCGAUUCGUUAUUUGGGUGGAUUCCUGUGCUAUUCAAGAUAUCUGACGAGGAAGUCCUCGCUUCAGGGGGGCUCGAUGCAUUCGUGUUCUUGUUAUUUUACAAAUACUCCAUCCACUUUCUUUCCAUCGUCUUUUUCUUCUCUGUCGUCGUGAUUCUCCCUGUACGGUAUUCAUACACAGGCGAAAGAGGAUACCCGUGGGAUGGUGACCGCGGAGAACAACCUGGUGGUGACUCGGAUAAGAAGCCGAAAACAGACCCGACUUUCCUCUGGCUCUAUGUGGUUUUUUCAUAUGUAUUUACCGGAGUGGCCGUACACCUUCUCAUCAGCUACACAAACAGAGUCAUACAGAUAAGGCAGAAGUGUCUAGGCGGACAAACCACCAUGGCAGAUAGGACGAUUAGGCUAUCCGGAAUUCCAGUUGACCUACAAUCCGAGGAGAAAAUACAAGAUUUCAUCGAAGGGCUCGAAAUCGGAAAUGUUGAAAGUGUCAUGCUUUGCCGCGACUGGCGAGAGUUGGAUAGGCUAAUGGAAGAAAGAAAAUGCACUCUUCAACGUCUUGAAGAAUCAUGGGCCAAAUAUCUCCGUUAUCGAAAGAGCAAGCCUCGUGGUGUCUUGCCAAGUCGGGCAAACAGGAUAUCUCCGCAGAUUGAUACAGCCGAUACUUCAGAGAGUGCUCGGUUGCUCUCAGAUGAACCCAAUACGCAUCAGAAUCAUAUUUUCGAAAACCCAGGAGCUCGUCCUAGAAUCAGGAUAUGGUUUGGUCCGCUGAAGAUCCAGUUUAAAUCCAUCGACGCUAUUGACUACUACGAGGAGAAGCUACGGCACUUGGACGAGAAGAUCGAAAUUGCUCGCCAACAGGAGUGUACACCCGGAGCUCUAGCGUUUGUCACUAUGGAAUCUAUUGCUGCUUGCCAAAUGGCAGUCCAAGCUAUCCUCGACCCCUGGCCGAUGCAGCUUGUUGCUAAUCUAGCACCUGCUCCAGCAGAUGUUGUUUGGCAACAUACCUAUAUGUCUCGGACCGAAAGGAUGAUACGAGGCUGGACUAUUACAACAGUCAUUUGUGUUUUGACUAUAUUUUGGUCCCUAUUACUUGUCCCACUUGCCUAUCUUCUCAACUUGGAGACCUUGGAGAAAGUGAUUCCCCGGCUUGCAGAAGUAUUGUCAGAACAUCCAUUGCUCAGAUCACUGAUGCAAACUGGUCUCCCUACAUUGACGCUGUCUUUGCUCUCGCUGGCCGUUCCAUAUAUAUACGACUGGCUAGCCAACGUGCAAGGAAUGACUUCGCAGGGAGAUGUUGAACUCUCUGUCAUUUCAAAGAAUUUCUUCUUCACGUUCUUCAAUCUAUUCCUUGUGUUUACCGUCUUCGCGACUGCUUCAAAUUUUUACGGGCUUUGGGAAAACCUUCGCGAUGUGUUCAAAGAUACAACUACCAUAGCUUUUGCGCUUGCUCGAUCCCUUGAGAAACUUGCUCCUUUCUAUACCAACCUGAUCGUUCUACAAGGUCUGGGGUUGUUCCCGUUCCGUCUUCUAGAGUUUGGAAGUGUAUUCUUAUAUCCAUUCCAACGGAUGUUCGCAGUCACCCCUCGCGACUAUGCUGAUCUACGGAAGCCUCCCACCUUCAGCUACGGCUUUGCUCUGCCUCCGACUAUCCUCAUUUUCAUUGUCUGUCUUGUAUACAGUGUUUUCCCCAGCUCAUGGCUUGUCUGCCUUUUUGGAUUGAUCUACUUCAGCAUCGGCCAGUUCAUAUACAAAUACCAACUUCUAUACGCGAUGGACCACCAACAACAUUCUACUGGGCGAGCGUGGCCGAUGAUCUGUAGCCGGAUCAUACUCGGAUUAGUGGUGUUUCAAUUGACGAUGAUUGGAAGUCUUGCGCUUAGAUCAGCGAUUACGCGGUCCAUCCUAAUCAUUCCUCUCCUUGCCGCAACGGUCUGGUUUUCUUACUUUUUUACACGAACUUAUGAACCCCUAAUGAAAUUCAUCGCUCUCCGAAGCAUUGAUCGUCACCGCGAUGCCGAUAAUGAUCAAUCACCAACUCCCAGCUCAAACUUUUCUCCGCCUUCACAGUGGGAUAGAGAUGCCAUUCCUCUUCGACUACGCGGUCGAGAUAUCACGCCUCGACUAAGAAAAUAUAUUAACCCAAACUUGGUUAUCCCUCUAGACUCAGCCUGGAUUCCGGGACAGCCGGAGAAUUACGACAAUGACGUCACUUCAUUUUCACAGAAUGGAAUCUCGGUGGUAGAUCACGAAGCAGUUUAG